UGCUCAUAUGCAGAAGUAAAAUUGCAUCCUCUAAGUGUUCCUAUUAUUGUUAAUUUAUACUGUUUUAAAAUAGUUUGUGAUUUUUCAAACUGUAUACAAAAUUUUGUACAAAAUUGUAUUUAAAAAAAAAUGUAUAGAAUAAGCUUUUUGGGGAAAAGUUGUUGCACAAUUGUGGUAAAAUAACUAAUUUUUAUCUUAACCAUACUCUCUGCUUGUACAGCUUAUUAGUUUGAAAGAGAAGACUCCAAUUUUUCACACCAUGACUGAAGACUUACAUAAUCUCUUUUUCUACCCAAAUACUUGUCAUGUUUGUAAAUCAAGUGGAAAUGAAACACCUUUAAAGAAGUGUAGUAAUUGUAAAAUGAUCUCUUACUGCGGAAAAGAACACCAAAAGCAACACUGGCUACAGCAUAAAAAUGUAUGUCGUGUUCUGGCUGAAAUGCUCGAUGAGACAGACAAGUCCAAUCUUUUGGAAGGCUAUCAAAAUGCUAGUGCAGAUGAUUGGAUUAAAGCAAAAACAAAUUUAAUGCUGAUGGUCAGUAUAAAACUUGAUAGAAGAUUACUUCCAUAUGAAGAAGAAAUGUUCAAGUUUCCUAGGGCUUGUGCUGUUUGUCAUGAAACAAACUUAAAGUUAUUAACAGACUGUUCAUCAUGCCCUUGUGCCAGUUUUUGUGAGAAACACAAAAAUGAUUCUAAUCAUGACAAAAUAUGUCAAAUGCUUAGUCUUUGCUAUGAUUUAGACAUAGCCACCACUGUUUUUAUCAGACACCCUCCACGGAAUGUUGUACCUUAUCAUACAGAAACAGCAUAUUUGCCAGGUUCUAUAAGAAACUUUAUUGACUUAUAUAUGAAUGAAGACAAAUCUCUCAAUGUGCCCAGUGAUAUUCAGAUACCUCACAUAUCAGAAUAUCUCACUAGACCAUUAACUUUACUUUAUGCUUUGGAAAGACUAGAACACCCAAUUGGCUCCACAUUAACCAUUCAUGUAAUUGGAGCAAAUAUGAUAGAGGUUGAUGGAAUAGAAAUUUGGGAAAUACUUCUUCAUUGGAUACCAACAUUAACUGUCUUAAAUAUUGUCUUAAUUGGCCCAGAAUUAGAUAGCAACAGUGAAAAACUGGAAUGUGACAUUUGUGAUUGUUGUAAUGAAAAGAAUAUGAAACUCUAUCUUGAAAUGAAUGGUGUUUUAUAUAAAGAGUAUGUUGUUAGUGAGUGUUUUGUUAAACCUGAUAUUAUUGUAGGAUAUAAUUUAGGAAUUCAUGAAUGUGAAAAUAUAGAUUCUCCUAAUGACUCAUGGUCGGAAUCAAUACGAAGCCUGCCUGAACAAAAAUGUCCAUUUGUUUUAACAUCAUAUACUGCUGAAGAAGCUCAAAAGGAACAUAAAAGAAUAUGUGAUAUUUUGCAAAAUAAUGUAACUUACUUGUGCUGUGAAACAAAUCAAUUUUCCAGCUUAAGGCCUCACAGAGAUUAUGAAAAUGAGGGUGUUUAUUAUCAAAACCAAUAUGUUAUCAUAUAUAGAGAUUUUAACUGAUAUCGUUAAUAGUUACAUACAUUAGUGUAAUUUUUAGUGUGAUAUCUUUUUCUCUCUUUGUUGUAAAAAUAUCCUUGGAAUCUUAAAGCACUUAAAUGAUAGUUUAUCAUAGUAUCAAAUAUUGCUAGAGAGUUUCAGUACAUAUAUAUAGUAGAUUGUAUUUUUCUUACAUCAUUAAUUUAAAAAAUAUGCACAUAUAUACUUAUAUUGCAAGUCAAUAAAAAUACUUAAGUAGAUUGAACUAUGAACAAAUUGCCACUUACAGAAUAUUUCAAAUAUUAAUUGAAAUUUCCAUUAAAAUGAGACUCCUUUCAGAAUGUUUUAAUAAUAGUCAACCUUAAUUGCAAAAAAUGGUCUGAAAAUAAUCUCUAAAACUAGUUUAGAGAUAUGAUAACAUCUAUAAAUUUAGAAGAUUAGAACAUAUGAAUAAUUAAUGAACUAUUUUUCAAAUGCCCAAAAAAAAAAUGGUGUAAUAUGCAUAAAUGCUUAAGUUCUAGAAUAUUGUUUAGAAAAAAAACAUUCAUAUUAAUGGGGAUCAUCGUUGAUGUUUUUCAAUUAUCGAUAUAAAAUAAUGAAGCAAUUUAAUGCAUGAUCUAACUGUUUUUCAACAGUAUAAAGCAAUUUAUACUUAAAACAUGUGAAUGUUAUAUCUGCCAAAUUUGUACAAAAAAUAAUUAAGUAAUUCUGUCAAGUACAAAUAAAUUUAAUUAAAAUUUGAUAAAAUAGUCUUACCACUGAAUCUUAGGGCAGAAAUUCCACUUCUUGUGUCUAUGUAUAUAGCUCGUCCAUUUAAUCCACCAUGGCAUUUUUUCAAUUGCACAGAUAUACAAAGUUGCAUACUGAAAAAAUAUAAUUGUUAAAAAAGUUUUCUUAUAACAGAAGCUAUCAAAAUAUAUAAAGACAUUGAUUAUUAUUAUUAAUCAACUGCCACAUUAAAAAUCACCAAAUUUGUGUUUUCCCUGAGAAUGAGGCACCACUUAAUUCAGUAAUUACUCCACAUUGUACUCCAUUUUCAAAAAUAUUAUCCAAAAGAGAACAACAUGUUGAUAUACCUUCUUUUUGAGAUUCUCUCUAUAAGAAUAUUAUACAUUCAAUUUUAAAUUUAUUACAACAAAAAAUAUUACAAUCAAGUAGAAAUAAUGAAUAUGAAAUUUAAAUACCUGCCAAACAUCUAAGGCCAUAUUUUCAGAAAAUUGUAAUAGCUUUUUAAUUACAGAUACAUCAAGACUGAGUUUCUGUAA